AUGUUUGAAAAAUUAAAAAAAAUUUGGUCAUCAAGUUCUAAUAUUAAUAGUGUUGGAAAAUUAAGUCCAAAACCAAUAAGAACUAAAUCUACAAGAAAUGUAUCAAAUAUUCAUUUUCAUGAAUUAACACGCCCAACAUGUUGUAACGAGGAAGAAUAUAUUAGAUCAUCAUCAAUAAUAAAUAGACCUCCUAGUGGUUCAUCAACUGUAGAUGAUGUUUCAUUAACUAGAUAUAAUGUUUAUUGUGCUGAAGAAGUUCAUGAUUUACCAACACAAGAAUAUAUUGAAGAAUCAGAAACACCAAAACCUGAGGAAAGUGUUACCUUGACUCCUGUAAGACGUAAUGAUACCCCACAGUGUUCUGAUAUUGGACUACUAAAUAACAGUAAUUGUAUAACCAUAGUUCAUAAAAAUUAUCAAAAUACCAAGAGUAUAGAUCAUGAGAAAGGUAAAUUCUUAUUUCUAAAAAUUUAA